AUGUAUAACCAACACAAGAUAAUGAGGAGAUUACUUGGUCGCCAGAAUACCGAAUCCUCUAGCGAUGGCAACCUCGGUGUCACUAGCUCUCCGGUCCCUCAAUCUUACCGACCUAAUGCCUCCCAAGACGCAGUAUAUUCCUCCUCCGUACCCGUAGCUUGUCUCGAUAGAUCCGCCGAUGGUCAACAUGCCGUGCUAGGUGGUCGCCAUAUCCUCAAGACAAUUCAUUUCGAUGGUCUUCAAGUUAAGGAGGGUAUUGAUAUCCGUUCCAUUAUUACCGCGCAAUAUGCAAACAAGAGCAAUGCAAGUUUGGCCUCGGAUCAGCUUUCAAUUAAAGACGUCAAGUUAGCCUCCAACCAUGGCAAUGAUCUCACAGUUUUUACUGCCUGCGCCAACGGGAAGAUAUUUAUGUAUGAUAUUAGUCGGUUGGGCUCGGGUGCUGGUUUUGAACCCAUUCAAAUCAGAGAAGAUUCGCGACAGGUGAACACCCUCGAUUUUAACCCUCAUUGGGGAACCUGGCUGUUAUCCGGAGGUCAGGAUGGUACGGUGCGCUGUUUUGACGUGAAAGCGCCCAUACCUUCGCGUAGUGGCCCAACAUUUCGGACAAUACAGGGUUUCAAAUGUAAUGCUGAUGGUAUUAGCGACGUGAAGUGGUCGCCUAAAGACGGCAUGAUCUUCGCCUGUGCUACGGAUUCCGGUGUCAUUUUGAAAUGGGACUUUCGGAAAUAUUCUGCGCCUUUAUUAAAGAUUAAUGCCCACGAUACUCAAAAGGGAGCGUCCUCCAUCUCGUGGCAUGCAGAUGGAGAUCAUUUGAUAAGCGCGGGUUUGGAUAGCAAGUGUCACGUCUGGGACCUGUCCAAGAAUGCUGAGAAAAGGCAAAAGCCCAAGUGGACAAUAAAUGCCCCGGCUCCCGUCACGAACGUGGCGUGGCGACCGGGUCUCUGGUCUGCUACUGCGCAAGGGCGUCGAGCUGCCCAGGUCGCGGUAUCUUACGACGAAGGCGGACACGUUAAGAAGAAUGGUAUUAGUUCUGUGCAUAUUUGGGAUCUGGCACGCCCGACAAUGCCGUAUAAGGAAAUAGAUAUAUUUGAGAACUCGCCUAGUGCUCUGCUUUGGCACGAUCAGGAUCUGCUUUGGACAGCAGGACCCGAUGGGUUCGCUCAGUGCGACGUUGCAUUCGCUCCUAAGGUAAUAGACCGCCAACCACUCUCAAACGUCGCUUUCUCCGCUAGAGGAGAGGCGCUUAUGUUUCUGGAGGAGAGAGUACAUUUACCUCGGCCACGCCCAGCAGUAAUUUCGCAUCAGGGAUUGCCUAUAUCGUCGUACAGCUCUAGUCCUACUGGGCAGGUGCUCAGCAUUAGUCGUAGUGACUCGGAAGAAGAUGUAAUCGGCAGCUUUCUCGGCACGAGACGGAAUGCGACCGAAAAGCGCCGAGGGAAGAAUAAAGUAGCUAAUACUCUAAGUACAACACCUCCAUCUGGUUCUGGUGUGGAGGACCAAGUCAUCCCAUUAGACCAAGCGAUGAAGAUAACGGGUUCAUUCAAGCCACACCAAAUCAUGGCAAUUGGCCAAAUACCUGCAGCCCCCAAAAUGCACGUGUAUAGUUAUCUAUCUCGGCAGUACCUUGAGAUUCUCAAACAAGAUCUUCCAUAUACCGAAGGGGAUCGGCCCUUGAACGAAAGGGUUGCUGGAAUCAUCGAGAGAUAUGCACGAGCUUCCGAGAGUAUCAGUCAAUUUCGACUCGCACAGACCUGGAGAAUAUUAUCUUACGCCAUCGGCCUUCUCCUGACCCGCAGGUCUCAAUACCACUUAAAACAGCGCCAAGUGCGCCGUGAAAGGUCAUUGCUGGAAGCCGAUAAAGACACCUCGGAUAUUAAGUUGGCGUUCUCGAAGGAGGAUGCAUCCCCACGAAUAAGAGUCGACGGGGAAGACACUCCGAGAAAGCCACCGUCCGUGUCAUCUCUCGAGAGUCGUCACCCCCUAGGGAAGUCGUUACUCACCGAGGAGAUAGAUAGCGAAUCGAAUGUCCCGACGCCCUUAGCCCGGCCUGUUAAAGAAAAUGUUAGCGAUAAUCACGAAUAUGUUGCGGGGAGGCUGUUGACCCCUGUCUUAGAAAUGGACGGCUUCAACCUACCUCCUUCUAUCCUUCCAGAGGGUUCCGGUCCGCGGAAGAGACUCAAUUCUACUACUCUUUCGACCUUAAGCCAGGAUAGCCAGAUGUCUAGCACGGAAGGAUACGAUUUCUACGAUAUAGACGCCAUCGAGCAUAUUCCAAGGGCGAUUGAUGUUCCGAAAAAGAGGGAGCCACUAAGUCUUGACUGCGCAGAACCAUCAUCACCAAAUGCACAAAGAAGGCCCAUUAGACACAAUUCGGAUGAGAGCUAUACGCAAUUGUUUUCGUUGUCGGAUACUAGUAGACAAACAUCGGUUCUUACAGGUUCAUCCAAUAGUAGUGCGCGUAUCUCUCGGAGAACGGAACAAAUGAGCGGGAGCUUGGGAGAGGCAGAUGAGGAAUAUGGAAGCAGAAUCAGAGGUAAACGGAUAGAGGGGUCUCCUGAAAGCAUGAGAUAUCCAACACAACAUUCGAUAGACAGGCAUGAUUCUGGCCUCACGGAUGACUUUAAAAUAUCGCAGACAACUACAGACACCAUGGAUAGCGAUCCGUCCCCAGAAAUCAAUAGUAAACCCUCGAAAUAUGCAACUAGACUAGUCUUAGAAACAAGGCUUGCUCGGGAACGUUCUAUGAUAGAGCAGCCCGAGGACCACCCAUCACCUCAUGUCACCGAGACCGACUUCCUCCCAUGGCCAGGUGAUCCCUCCUAUCCACAUCCAAUCGCAGACGAGGUAAACUCGAAACUACCUAUCCCGCCGAUUAACCCAUACGAUGUCCUAUCGCGUGCUCUAGCCUUCGAGUCGAGACAUUCCGCUCUUAACGCAUCCGCUAUGAUUCUCCUCUUGAAACCUCUGGUACCCGACGAUGUCAUCGAUUGCCACCAAGCUGCCGCUAUUCUAAGACAGUAUCACAAACGCCUAAUGGGCAUGAAGCUAUUCGUCGAAGCCACACUUCUACGCAACCUUUGUGUUCAGGGGUGGCCUGAUGGUCUUCCGACGUGGGGUGAAAACUAUACUUCCGUCUUCACUCCAGCACAAGAUCGUGUUUCAGCUACAUUCAUAUGCCCACAAUGCCAUAAGCCGCGUGAAAUCGACCGUUCUAAUACAGCCGGUCCUGGUAUAUGGAAAUGUGAGCGUUGUCGUACCGUAAUGGCGCCCUGCGCAGUCUGCGGACAUCGAGAUGCAACAGCCGACGCGCUUCCACCAGUAACGGUUUCGGAAGGCUUAAUAACAAUUCCAUCUCACCCGUCCGAUGAGCCUAUACUCUCGACAUGGUGGUAUUGCCCCGGCUGCUCUCACGGCGGUCACGCAAACUGCCUACAGGACUGGCACGCACCAAUCCUGCCGAAGGAAAUAUCCUCCCCCGCCUCUUCCCACCCGUUCGACAAUGCCUUCCCAGAAACAAACAGCGACGGCUGCUGCCCCUUCGACGGCUGCGGGCACGCCUGUCUCCCAGGCCGCUGGCGUAACGAAAGCAGCGCCGCCCGCACCGAAGAACUAGGCCGUGUCGUGCGCGAACAAACUCGGAACUCUAUCAGCGUCGGCUCUGGCACUGGCCUCAAACGCGGCGGCACCAAGGAGAGAAAAGGUAGCACCGCCAACGCUUCGAAUACACCCUCCAACGCUAUUCGUGGUGACGCUAUCGAGGUCCCGCAGAGCAGAGCGGUAGAGAGUGUGCGGGAGGCGCUGUCUACGCUUGAGGUUGUCGGUGCUAAUGGGGGCGGAGGCAGUGGGAGCGGUGGAAGUAAUGGCGGGAUCUUUGCAGGGAUCCUUAGUUCUAGCCCCGGACGCGCUAGUUUGGUUGGAAGCGGGAGCGGGAGCGGUCCGGAACGAAGGAAGAGUGUUAAAUUUGCGGGACCGCCGGAGGCGGGGCGGUGA